AUGAUCGAUUCGGUUAAAUUGACAUUACCGAUCGCAAUAAUCCAAGAGGGAACACUGCCGUGUCAACUACGAUCGGCCGUUCACAUGUUACAAGUGUGGCAAACGUUAUACGUGGACGGACUCCUUGACGAGGCAUCUACGCGAAGGAUGUGGCGUGUUGCCGAAACACAAUUGCCCGAUACAACGCAGCUCAUGAAGGACUAUUACAAGAGACUAGGCAGACACUGUUGCUCGAAAUGUGGGAAAGAAUACAGAUGGAUGCAGUCGUUGGUCAGGCACAAACGGGAAGAGUGUGGAAAAGAUCCGCAGUACAGUUGCUCUUUAUGCGGUUCGAAAAUUAGACAUAAGUGGAUGUUGAAGAAGCACAUGAUCAACGUCCAUCACGUAUUCUACCAGAACGGCAAGAACAUUUGGAACAAUCGACAGCAAUCAAGAAAAUCCACAAAGCAAUAUAGUAAGGAAGGUAGACCUCACAGGCCUCAAGAUUAUCAUAGGCGGUAUCGCGGCAAAUACACCUGCGACGCAUGCGGUAAGGAGUACACGUGGAAGCCAUCUUUGACGAGGCACAAACGCGAGGAUUGCGAUAAAGCCAGACAUAAGAAGUCUGGUAAUAAUAGACGACGAUGCCGCGGCAAACAUACUUGCGACGUAUGUGGUAAAGAGUACAAGUGGAAAUAUUCUUUGACGAGGCACAAACGUGAUGAAUGCGGUGGUCCAAGUUCACUGAGCAUAAUGUUCCCAUGCAAACUUUGCGGCAAGAUUUACGCCCGAAAGUCUUCAAUGUACACCCAUCUACGAUUAUGCGGCAAGGAGCCCAAAUUCAGCUGUGUUCUUUGCGGCAGGAGGUUCAAGUACAAACACAGACUGCAGUCGCAUCUGACGUCGAAUGUACACGCCUUACGGCCGUGAUAACACUUUAAUUGCAACAGCUUGACUCAGAGACAGAGUGUCCUUUGUACAUCGUCAUUUGUAAACGUUAUUUGUAUCGAAUUGUGAACGAAACUGUUGACAUUAAUAAAAAUUCAGUUCUAUUUCGCUAGUAAACGUCACCUUCUACUAAUUGCAAAUCCCACAAUGCUCAACGCCACGAAUUGUGAAAAAGCACCCCCGGCGCAGAUCGAUCUCGUCAUUAUCAUAAAAUAAAGACUCGGCAAUUAUCUCUUUUCAUUCUCUUGUAGCGAUUUGGUGAAAAUGUACUGCUUAAGUGUGACUAUACAUCCCCCAUCCCCCCCCUCCUCACACUUAUAUGGAGAGUUAGAGGCGUGCGGAAUUAAUUUGCACGCGAAGAGAAUAAUUUUAACAAGAUCUCCCUUCCCUUGUAGCGCUUCAGUAUGAAUUUUGGAAUGCAUUAGACGGAUCAAGUGUAAGUUUGCAGCAACGAGAGCUUUAACGAAAUAUUCGAUUAAAGAAUGAGCGUCCAUGAUACGUGUGCGACUUUCUCGGCUUAAUGCGCUUUUAUUCACAGAAAAACUCGAGUUGUAACAGACGUGAUCGUAACACGUGGUCAUGCUAAUAUCGUUCAGAGCAAACGCGACGUUUGGCCAGGGGGAGGGAAGAGCGAUUUGGUAGCGCAAAAGACAGCAUUUUCGGUACU